UACAAAUACUCUUUCCACUUCUUUCCCUGGUCUCCUCUUCUUCUUGGGAAAAGAAAACAAUAAAUGGCAAGCAAUGCUACUUGUUAUUGGCUCAUACCUGGCGCUCCCUUCCUUAACCAACUCUCACCCAAGCGCCAACUCUUCUCUUUCUCUGUCUCCUGCAAACCCACCAUUUCUUGCUGCACUAGACAUGAUUCCUUAUCCUCUUCCUCCUAUAACCGUCGAUGGGACGAUUCUCUUAAGCGCAGGUCGUUCGACGGACCCUCUCCUGAAAUUGUUCGCCAUUGGGCCCAAUCUGAUUACAAUCCAUUUCCAUCUCAACCAGAACAGUUUACGGUUGUGUCGUAUAAUAUAUUGGCGGACAGAAACGCUUCGAAACACAAAGAUUUGUACGCAAACGUUGAUCCUCUUUACCUGAAAUGGGCACAUAGGAAAAGGGUUAUUUGUGAAGAAUUAAUUGGAUGGAACCCUGAUAUUAUUUGUUUGCAAGAGGUGGAUAGAUAUUUUGAUUUGUUGAAGAUUAUGGAAAAAGCAGGAUAUGCUGGUUCUUACAAGCGACGGACUGGAGAUAAUGUUGAUGGUUGUGCCAUGUUCUGGAAAGCUGAUAAAUUACGGCUGUUAGGAGGAGAAAGCAUUGAAUUUAAGGCACUUGGUCUGCGUGAUAAUGUUGCUCAACUUUCCGUCUUUGAGAUUUGCAAAGCUGAAUCAAGAAGAUUAUUGGUUGGUAAUAUCCAUGUGCUUUAUAAUCCAAGUCGAGGAGAAGUUAAACUAGGUCAAAUUCGUUUUCUUUUGUCAAGGGCGCAGAUCCUUGCAGAGAAAUGGGGUGAUAUACCAGUAAUUCUUGCUGGUGACUUCAAUAGCACUCCUAAGAGUGCAAUAUAUAAGUUCUUUGCUUCAUCUGAGCUGAAUUUUAUGUUGCAUGAUAGAAGAGAGCUUUCCGGGCAGAGGAAUUGUCACCCUCCUCAGGUUUUCGGUGUUGAGAAAGAAAUGAGGAACCCAUUAUCUUUGAUUGAUGGAUAUCUGAAGAGCCGCUGGACUGAGGAGGAGGUUAAAACCGCAACUGGAAACAGCGACUGUCAGUUACUCACACAUCCUUUGAAGCUUAAAAGCUCCUAUUCCACAGUUAAGGCCUCUACACGAACAAGGGACUCAAAUGGAGAACCUUUAGCAACUUCCUACCAUUCAAAGUUUCUUGGCACUGUUGACUAUUUAUGGUAUUCAGAUGGUGUUGUACCUGUACGAGUUUUGGACACUCUUCCAUUUGAUAUUCUCAGGAGGACAGGUGGCCUUCCAUUCAAGAAGCUGGGAAGUGAUCACUUGGCUCUGGUUUCUGAGUUUGCCUUCACACAAGGAGCCAAAGAAGGCAACAACACCACAGGUACAGCAACAGUCUCAACAGCAGCCACGUCACCAACUAGAGAGGAUAAUGAAUUGUGAAUGAAUAUCGGAAAUGAAAUUCAAAGUGUAGGCCAGUCACUCUCCCUAUGAAUUUUAUCCAUGAGAAAGCAAUUAAUGUAUCUUUCCUUUGCCUCAAAAAAAUAAACGGAUAUGCGAAUGAAAUCAUCUGUAACAUGAAACAUGGUAACCCACUUCAGAAAUGCUACUCGCUACCUAGUUCAUAGAUGAUGUAAGUUUUUAUUGAAUACUAAACUUAUGAAUGGGAUUACCAUUUUCAA